GUGGACAGUUUCCUUGACUGUCUGCGGAGGCUGAGUAACGUGGACAGUCUGAGUCACUGCCAUGGGCGCGGCAGUCUCCUUCAUCGUCACUGUCUGUGGGGGCAGAGUGACAUGAACAGUCUGAGUAACGGCGACGGCGGCGCCCGUCUCCUUCAUGGUAACCGUGACGUGGACAGUCUCCUUGACAGUUUGAGGAGGCUGAGUAAUGUGGACGGUCUGGGUGACUGCGACUGGAGCGGCAGUCUCCUUCAUCGUGACUGUCACAGGCGGCAACGUGACGUGAACAGUCUCCUUGACAGUCUGAGGGGCUUGAGUGACGUGCACAGUCUGGGUGACUGCCACGGGCGCGGCAGUCUCCUUCAUCGUCACUGUCUGUGGGGGUAGAGUGACGUGAACAGUCUCCUUGACGGUUUGAGUGACAGGGACGGUAACCUGCACCUUUUCGACCUUCGUGACGGGAACGCUGACGGCAACUGUAUGCAUGACAGUCUCAACCUUGGUGACAGGAACCGUAACCUGUACCUUUUCGACCUUGGUGACAGGAACGCUGACGGCAACCGUGUGCAUGAUAGUCUCGACCUUGGUAACAGGGACUGUAACCUGCACCUUUUCGACUUUGGUGACCGGUACACUGACAUGUACUGUCUCGACUUUGGUGACGGGAACUGUGACCUGUACCUUCUCAACCUUGGUGACGGGAACGCUGACGUGCACAGUCUCGAUCUUGGUGACAGGCUUCUCCACAGCCUUGGUGAUGGUCAUGUGGACGGUUUCGAUCUUCGUAACAGGCUUCUCUACAGCCUUGGUGACAGUGACAUGUACUGUCUCAACCUUGGUAACGGGCUUCUCAACAGCCUUGGUAACAGUGACAUGUACUGUCUCGACCUUGGUGACAGGCUUCUCGACAGACUUGGUUAUAGUCAUGUGAACUGUUUCCACCUUUGUCUCAACCUUUGUCUCGACCUUUGUCUCGACCUUGGUUACCGGCACGCUGACGUGUACAGUCUCGACUUUGGUGACGGGCUUUUCGACAGGGACUGUGACGUGGACUGUCUGUGUCUCGGCAGAUCCCUUCUCUGUGAUGGUGUGAACCAUUGUCUCGGUAACGUGAACAGUCUCCUUGACAGU